AUGAGAAAUGCCAUUCUUGCAAGCGAUCUCUUUCAUGAAGAAUUCAAGUCAAGAAUAUUUGAUCUGUGGAACGAUGAUGCAAUCUUGAUCCCCCACUUUGCAGAAAGUCUUCUGAGAGGGUUUGAGAGCAUUCUUGCGGACUACGAAUCCCUUUCGAAUGAUGCUGAUGAAGAUACGAAGAUGGAUAUGCAUGAGAGAAUUCUUUGGGCAAAAUUGACCAUCCUGAAGCAUCGGGCUGUCGACUUUCCUCCGUCUGGAUAUCUGGAGAUGGACAAGGAGGAGGAGGAGGAGGAGGGGAACAAGGAAAGAGCGAGAGAUCAAGAACUGAUUCAAGGAGCAAUCUCAUGUGCCAGCUCAGAGAUCCGAAUCCAGGCGUUGGAGUCGAUCUUCUUUCCCGUGUUGAGCAGCCGACUGAACGACCUCGACGUCUCGCGUCUCCGUCUUGCCAUCCUGUUUGAGUGUGACAAUCCGUCACGGGCGAGUCGGAGGAAGGAUAGAAUACCGAAGACAGCAGAAGAAAAACUGAUUCCUCUGUACAAGGAGGAGUUUGUUAAUCAAAGGCAAUUCGAGCGACUUGAAGUCAUCGGGAGUAGGCUUGUUACAAGUUUGAAUUCAAGAGAUGCUAGUAGCGGAGCUUUGAUUCUCAAGACUUCUUACAUUCUGAAGCAGCUUGAGGAAAGCUCUUCCUUAAAGUCAGACCUCGAUCAAAACAUGUCCAAGACAUUCGAAUCGAAAAUCAUGAAGACAGUGAACGCCAUAAGUCAUUGGCCAUUGCUGUCUGUGCAGAGUUGCGACGACGGACGAGACUCAGUGAUGCGUCACUUUCAACAGCGAGGGUUCAUUCACGGUCACAUAUUGACAACCCGUCUUCUCCUGGACUCUGGUUCCUAUGAUUCGAUCUUGAAAGAAAACAAACAAAUCUACCAGCUCUUGCUCAACACAACACAUGAGAUCGUGCAGACCGCUAAGAGUUUGCUAGACGACGAGUUGGUCUGUGCUGGCAUGAUGAACGAGAAUCUCUCGCCGGACGAAUUCGAAUUGAUGGAUGAUGAAGAUCGUCAACAAGACUUCUCCAGAAAUUCCAACCUGGAGUUAUGUUCACAGAGAGCUUGUUGGUUGACUUUGAAAGAGUCUGCGUUCUUGCUGUCAAGUCUGUGCAAGCGAUCUUCGUUCCAGAAAGAUUGUCUAGAUCAAGAACUCCUCGACAAGAUUGUAGAUGAUCUGUUCCUGAUCAUUUUCGCCACUUCUCACAAUGGCCUUGUGGAGCAGAGUGCAGAGGCGCUGAGACAAGUCUGCAUGUUUGUUGUUGACAACGAUGGUGCGGGAGGCAAAUCUUAUCUAACGCAUUGGAUGUCAAAGUUGAUUGCACUACUUCCCGACCCUUCCGUCGCAGCUCUUAAAGAUUUUUUGCCACAAAUCAUCAGACUUGUUGAUCCCAAAGACCUUCGGAACGAUGGAACUUGUACCUCAACUUCCACCAAAUCUACUUUUCUCUCAUCUGCGAGCAUCGGGCUUCCUAUCGACAAGCACCAGGACCCUGUCGAUGUUGCAUCGAGAUUGCAUGCAUUGCAUGUUAUCAGACAGAUCCUGCUCCACGCAAAGGUUGGAUCAAAAGCUCUCGAUGUCCUGGGGGAUGAAAUUCUUUGCUCUAUCGCUACGGCACUAUCCAGCCAAGAAUGGAUGAUCAGAAACGCGGCUAAUCUCGCUUUCAGCGCUGCGAUCGAGCGAUCGUUGGGAAAGCAAGAAAACUACAAGUCCUCCGAUCACUUCUUCCGUCUCUUCCCAGAAUUUCAGAGAGAACUUUUAGGGAUCCUCGAAGAAGAGUCAAAGCAGAAGCAAACCGGAAAAGCCGCUGCGAUUUCUCGCGUCCUUCCUUGUCUUUGUCUUCUUGCAAAGUUGAGGACAGAAUCCAUUUCAUCGCAGCCCUUCAUCUCAAGGAUGCGCUUUCUGGCCAUCGAACUUCUCUCGCACGAGUAUGAAGUAGUGAGGGAGAGUGCGGCACUUGCAGCGGUCGCUCUGACCGAAAGGUCUAAACUUUGCGAUGUCGCGGUCGAGAUAUCAAGAGACAUCACCAAACUUGCAUCAGGGAUCCAAAAUGACGAUGAUGCAUCGAACAACAUCCUUCAUGGCCAGAUUUUGUUUCUUAGAACGAUCUUGACGAGCAGUGCACAACUGUCGGAUGCUGACUCCUGCGCGGUCUUUGUUUCUCUCCUCGAAGCAUCAUUUGUAGAGCUUGCAGACAAGCCAGUAUUGCUGAGAAUGAUGCGAAUGAAACUGCAAAGAUGUCCAUUGAAUCUUGAGACUUUCGAGGCAUUGUUGUCUCACAGCCUUGACGAGGUGAAGAUAGCUGCUCUAUCUCACAUCGAGUCACUUCUUCCAAAAUCAUUCCAUGACGGGCGUCUGUACCAACUACUCAUGUCCAAAAUCGAAUUGGAAACAAACAGUGAUUGCAUUCGUGGGAUUCUUUGCUGUCUUGAAAGAUUCCCGCCUUCCGCUAUUUCUUUGUCGAACUUGAAUUCCUCUCAGACGAAAGCGUCCCAGCUCCUUUCGUCUUCAAGGCAUGAAGUAACAUCAGCAGCCCUUCGAGUCACAGCAAACUGGAUUGCUGCUUUGAUCCAUCAGGCCAACGUAGAGGCUUCAAUGCCCUCUAUGAAUGAGCGGAUCGACAGGUGGGUCAUCAGACUUGAGCAAGGCAUAAAUCCCUCAGAACCUCAAAAUCUCCGAAGAUCUUGUCUGGAUGCGUUAGGGGACUCGCGCAUUCUGACAUGCAAUGCUGCCGCACUCGCUGAUGCCUCGUCAAGAUGUUUGCUUUGCCUGCUGAUCCUCUUGCAAGACAAGGACCCGAGCAUCUACGAGAAAGCAAGCAUCCUCGCGCUUCGUUCUGUCGAUCUCAGCGUCGUGGGCCUGAAGGAGAGGAGGCGGCAUCCCCUCGCGACCCAUCGCCUCGUCGCCGCCAUCUGUCUGAUGCGAUGGAUUUGUUUGCGGUGCGCAGGAGAGGGCGGGAAGGUGCUCCUGGUCUCUCACAUGCAGAGAGUGAGACGGGAGUUCGAGAGAGCGACGGCCACUUGGCCUCAGUACUGUGAGAGGGUUGGAGCUGAAGUGCAGGGAGAUGGCGAGAGGGAGAGGAAGGAGGUAGUUCAAGAGGAGAUCUUCGCGGCAGAGGAUGAGUCGUACGAGCUGGAGCAUGGCUUGAUCUUGUUCAUCUUCUCCGAUGCUGUGCGAUGGGCUAUGAGACACACAGGCAUGGGGCAGGACCAGGCCCGCAAACUACUAGCAGAGGUGGGCUGUGAAGAACAGGUGGAGCGGGAGUGGGGGAGCAUUGCGAUGGAAUACUUGGAGAUGUUUGAGCAACAGCGUUAA